AUGCCUCGCCUAGGACAUGACGAUGGAGCACUCGAAAUGCUCUUGGCUCGCUUUCGGGCAGUGGUGAAACCUCCACCCGCUGUUUUCACCAAGCAACUUCCUGCUGAUGUGGAGUCGAUUCCACUUUUGAUCUCGUUCAUCAUGGUUGUAUUGACGCAAAUGGGAUUUGUGUACACUGAGAGCAUCCCUCACGAGCUUAUGUUUCACCAUUACAUCCCAAGGUUCAUUCUCAAGACGUUUGCGGACAACUUCUCGCUUAACAACAGCGAGUUCACUACGGACACCUCAAACCAAAAUAUCUCAUGGUUCAAGCCAGGAAAGCCUAGCAAGCGCAGAUGCAAAGUGCGGCCCAGAUACGACAUAAAUGUAUACCGAGUCCAGGACCACACCACGGACCCGACCAACGUCUCACGAGCGUACGGUGCCGAGGACAUGUACCGGGAUGUCACUGAAGCCGAUUGCAUGAAGUUUGAGAAGCUCCUUGCCAAACACGAGUGCACAUCCGCUACGUUUAUCCGACAGAUUUGGAAAGAGGAAGAGGAUCUUUCGUUGACCCGAACCCAACUUGGGGAUAUGAAGAAGUUUCUUGUUGUUAUGAUGUACCGCAGCGAGCACCGUAGAAGCCAGUAUUUCGACCUGAGAUUUGACCCUAUCACCAAGAUUUCUAUCAAAAACCACAUGGAACACAACAAGUUGUUAAACGUUCAGAAAGUCUGGUUCGAGAACCUCAAGUGGAUAAUCGAGGCCUCCGUCGAGGACAUCGUGAGGGAGUUUCAGAAAGCUAUCGUGGCGAGAUUUGAGUCAGGGAGACCUACCGCGCUUGUAAGCCCAUACCUGGGACCGAUUCAUGCUGGAGAACUGGAGGACUUUGGCUGUUUGAUGACACAAACGAUUGCCUGCAUCUGGCAAGCGGAGACAGGGUCGGAGUUUAUCCUAUCCGAGGGAUGCUUUGGCGCUUUUGAAGGAGACACUGGCAUCUGGUUCCACAACUUUUUUAUCGUCUCGCCCCGAUUUGCGAUCGUCCUGGUCAACCGUUUGUACUUGGCCGAGAGGAUCAAGAAGAAACCUCGUUGGACCUCGAUGUUCGGUGACAAUCUUCAUGUCUUUCCAGAGACCGACUACAAGAAGGGGCCUCCACCCAAUGAUUUCGACUUGGCGACUCAUUCCACUCCGGACGAUGUGUUUACAUACAGGAGGAUUGUCGUUCCCAAGGAAGAGGUUUAUAAAGUCAACUCUAUCUUUUUGGACGAUCGACGCCAGUUUUUGACGUAUAAGUCCAAUAUCUCCAUGUACAAGUCCCUGCGUUAUUACGACAAGGUCAAGGAGGAUUUAUUUCAUACUUGUCACGAUUACUCCAUCCUCAGACGCAAAUUGUUUUCUGACCUUAACAGGACGCAUCCAGUAGACCAGUAG